CAGUCGGCUCCGUUCGCUCGAUCCGUGCGUUUCGGACGUGCCUCUCUCUGUUCCGCUUCUCUUCUUCUCACGAGCGCGUUUUUAAUUAUUUUCUAUAUACAUCCAUCGCAUACUUUAUUAGCGUCUACGCUCGCGUCGGUACCACAAAAGAGCUUCGAGUUCGGGGAGCAAUUUUUUUCCGGUAUACUCAUUGUCGUGUGCCUGUAUGUAAGCACGAGGCGAUUGAUAAAUUCAGUGCGGUGUGCUCGCUCGCGAAAGUGAACUUGGUGUGUUUAUUUUAGGCUAUGUGCGGAGGAAGGCGCGGGUAUGCGCGAGUUGAGUUUUGAAAUGGUGAACGGGGAAAAACGAGCGGACUAGAUGACCGUGUGCUUGUUCUAGAAGCACGCAUCACAAGUGAUAUAGUACAACCGUAACAAAAGUGCUUCUAAUAAUCAACUCGUGCAUCGAAACUCAGAUGAAAGUGCUCGAGCAUCAACUAUAAAAGCUACGAGUCAUCUGAUAAUACAGACUCUAGACCAAUAAAGCCGUAUAUAUUCUAAAGCCAAUCAAGAAAGUGUGCGUGUACAUAUAUGCAACUCGUAAAACAUAUCAAGUCAGUUUCCUAAAGUCUAACUGUACUGCUCAUUCCAACGAUGACAUUCAGAUAUAUCUCUCAUCAUAAACUCAUCGGCGCCUCGACAAGCCAUCUUCAUCAGUCAGCCGAUCAUCGUCGAUCGAUCUCGGCGCAGUUCGGUCAGGUCCAGGUGGCCUGAAAGCUAUGCCCUGUGCUCCCGAAACGGCGACCUCACCAGUCCAACGCAGCAACAGCAGAAGUAGGAGUCGCGACAUCACCAGCGCAAACAUAACUACCAGCAGCAGCAGCAGCAGCAGCGGCAGUAGUAGUCGAAGCAGCCUGGAGUUGCAUCUGUCGUCGCAUCGCGACCUGAGCUACCGCGACGAGAUCAUCCUUCAGGAUACGAGGGCGGAGCUGAGCGCCCGAGCCGUCGACUAUCUGCUCAAUUGCUCGACGCUGCUGGAGGCUGGAGAGGCUGGAAGUCGUUCAGGCCACAGCAGCAUGGCUGCCACGGCGAAGCACGAGCUAAGACGAAAGUUCCCGGCGGACGCGAGCUCAGGGGACGAGGACAUCGCCGCCAUAGCCAAGCAGAUAAGCGACCACGCCGAGGCUAUCUAUCAGACCUGGAAGAGCCGGGGUCUGGCCCCUACAGAGAUCCUCAACUGCCACAGCAACGCCACCGCGGCGGACAAGUUCGGAACCGUGCUGACGCCCACGGGUAGCUCGGGCCCGACCAAGAAACUCUCGGCUACCAGUCCUGUGGACAUUCUUGCCCAGGACAAUAAUAACCUCGAGAAGCUCGUCAACAACUUCGUGGUGGAGGACAAGGCGCGAAUCGCUGCGUCGAGGCAGCGCUCACCCUCGAAGAACCUGCCCUCUUCCAUCCAGUUCGCGCUCCAGAAGUUCGAGCAGAACGCGGUGCCGGUGACGCCGGGGCUACAAUCACCCAAGACACCGACCCAGCUUAAGCCCACGAACUUCAACAGGCCGUCGCAGAUCGUCAAGCCUCAGUUGGUGUCAAAGUCCCUUCCGGGAUCGCAUCACAGCGAGAUAUUCCUGGAGACGAUCGAGACAUCUUUUCCUCAAGAGAUCACGCCGUCGAAGAUCGUCGUCCAGCAGAAGAAUCGGCCGGUCAGUACCUUGUUGUCCGGAGCCGCUAACCAGGUGACUUCGCCAACGCAAGGUGGUACCGGUUCUGGAGACUCGGGUCUGACGACAUGGCCGCUCAAGAACAAGAUCGUCAAUGACUCGCGCAAGCCUGCCGGGGUGCAGAUUCUCAAGAGUCCUACCGCGAGCGACACGCCCAAAACUCCUGGAGCCCUCAAGUCCCCGGAGAAUUCAAACGCGAACUACCUGGAUGAGGUAGCACGCGAGGAGGAGCGGCUGAUCAAUGCACUGAAAACCGGCGUCGUCAUUGCCGAAGAGCCCAGUGAGAGAAGAGUAACUCCGAUCGCGGUGACGCCGACCACUACUGCAACGACGACGACGACGACAGUGCCGAAGCAGAAACCGGUGAUAAUUCGCGAGACCAAACCUAAGGUCGAACCUGUCAAGCCGAUUUUGAUCUCACCGAGUCAGGUCGGAGCACACCUUAAUUCUACCGCGAUGGUAAAUAACCUGGUGUCGGCUCAGAUCAUCAACUCGCCGAGCAACGAAGUCAAGACUCUCAGCAAGCAUGACGACCUGUCGUCCAUGUCGGUCGUGGACUACGCCAAGGUCAGGUAUAGAGCUGCUCAGCAGAACCCCACGACUCAGCAGAGACUCGACGAGCAAAAGAGCAACACCAGCGCCAACUUCAACAACAGCGAGCCCAUUGUCUCGGCGACCAGGUCCAAGUUCGAGUCUGAGUUCAACAAGAACAAGGACAAGGACAAGGUUGAUCAGAAGGAUAAGGACAAGGACAAGGAUUCGGGAAAGGACGAGAAGGACUUCAUUGCGUCGCGAUGGGGUCUGCGGUUGAACUCAUCAAGGCCGAGGCCAGUGGAACCGGUUCCGCAUCCCGAGCUCACCACUCAACAGAAACAGCAUAUCAGGGCCGCCGCGGCUACGAAUACCGGAAACAACCCCGUGAGACCGUUCCUCACCAGGGGAUCCGUGGCUGAACGAGUGUUGAUCUUCGAGAAGUGUCCCAGUGAGCUGUUGCUGGACAAGAGAGGUCCCAGACAACCGGCAGCCAACACGUGGAGGUCGCCACAGGAGGUCAACAACAAAGCACAGUCUUACACGCGAGACAAAGUACAGCCAAAGAGUCUACCACCUCAUACAACACUCCAAAGACACGUCAAAGCUAACAGAAAUGUUCACAUACCAAGGUUCUAUUUCCCUGGCGGGAAACCAAUACCCCUAUCGCAGGUUGAGGCAACGAUCUCCCGGAUCACCGCGGCUUUCCACAGUCUUCCAGGUCAUCGAGCUUCUCGUUCGCAAUUCCAUACCAUUACUAAGGCCUGUGAUUUACCGCUGUACUGGAAGGUUCCACUUUUCCUAGCCUCGGGGGGCGAUACAAACGGAAUCAUCGAAAUGAGCGAGUUCCUUGACUUCUGGAAAGAACUGUCGAACUCGCACCACGACGCAGCAAGCAAGUUCGUGCGAAUCGUGACCCGAGGCUUGAGGACGAAUAUCCUCCCGGAGGAUCUGAUCCCACUGGUGCAGGACGUAGUCGAGACGCAUCCCGGCCUGACAUUCCUAAAAGAGGCGACCGAAUUCCACUCUCGCUACGUUCACACGGUAAUCGCCAGGAUAUUCUACUGCGUGAAUCGCAGCUGGAGCGGCAAGAUCUCGGUGGCGGAAUUGAGGCGGAGUAAUUUGCUCUCGGUAAUCAGCGUUUUGGAGCACGAGGAGGACAUCAAUCAGGUGACCGCUUACUUCAGCUACGAGCACUUCUACGUCAUUUACUGCAAGUUCUGGGAGCUCGACCGCGACCACGAUCUCUUCAUCGACAAGAUGGAUCUCACAAGACACAACGAUCACGCUCUAUCGACGCGCAUGAUUGAGCGGAUCUUCAGCGGUGCGGUAACGAGAGGCGUGAAGAGUGCCAACGGCGUUCAGCAUCCCGAGGACAAGAUGAGCUACACGGAAUUUGUCUGGUUCUUGCUCAGCGAGGAGGACAAGAAUCAUCCUACGGCCAUCGAGUAUUGGUUCAGAUGCAUGGAUCUCGAUGGGGACGGAUAUCUGUCGAUGUACGAAUUGGAAUAUUUCUACGAGGAGCAACUACAUCGAAUGGAAGCCAUCGGCAUCGAAACUCUUCCCUUUGAAGAUUGCCUUUGCCAGAUGUUAGACAUGAUCAAACCGGCGAUACCCGGGAAAAUAUCUCUGAGCGAUUUGAAGAAAUGCAAAAUGACAUCGAUAUUCUUUGAUACAUUCUUUAAUCUCGAGAAAUAUUUGGAUCACGAGCAAAGAGAUCCGUUUGCCUCUGCGAGGGAUCACGACGCUGAUGGGCACGAGCUUUCGGACUGGGAUCGCUUCGCAGCUGAGGAAUAUGAGCUGUUGGUAGCUGAGGAAAGUGGCAAUGAACAAAAUGAUCAGUCGCUGUGUGAUGAUGAAAUGUAACCAUCAUCUACAGCUCAGUUGUACGACUCCGCCGCAGAAGACGCGUACUCGCCGAAUCUGGACGUGUUAAUCGGCGAGUCCGUGGACGCAGUGUCCCAAGCCGAUCGUGCCGGCUCCACUGGAUACAUGGACGAGCUCGGCUCCAAACGCGCCAAGAACUCGCACUACGAUAGCUGUGAUAGCGACGACUACGCCGACAGUGACAAUUGAGAAACGAGUGUCUAGUGUGUUAAUAAUAGCAAUCGCCGAGAGCAGGACAAACAUUAUUAUUAUACACGAUUACUUAUACGCAAAUGAAUAAACCAAGAGAUAUACUUUUCCCGUAUAGAACGGGAUAAGAAGCGAAACUUGUAAAUAGCGCAUAAGUUAGGAUUUAAAAGAUCCUUUUAGUUUUAUUCGCGAACGAGAAAGACGUGUAGGAGAGAAUGCGAGAGUUGAUGAUAAUAUAUUGCGGAUGAGAAAGAGGAGAACGACGGGCACGUAGUUCGGGAUUAUAUUAUGAUAGGCCGUCGUGUAUCUAGGAGAAUAAUUGUUAUAUGAUGCGAAAAAAUCGAGAUGCUAAAAUAAAGGGCCUGAUUUAUCGAAAACGCUUUGACAAAUUAUUCGAGUUUAAAAUUUUUUUUUAUUUUAUCAUGCAUAUGGAGAUACAUUGGUUAGAAUUUUAAUUUUGGUUUGAGAGCGUCUUCCAAAAAUAGUAAAAAUGCCAAAUGUAGACGUAAUUCAGUAACGUUUUCGAUAAGUCAAGCCUUUGAAAGGCUACACAAUGAAUUGCAAUGAAACUCUGAAUGCACUUUAAAGUUAACGUCGGAUAACUUGCAGUUAUUAUAAGAAAACUUAUCGAUCUACUGCUUUAGUAAGUUUAAAAGGAAACAAAAAAUUGUUUAAAUUAAAGCUUACAAUAUUCUUGAAAAAAAUAUAUUCAAAGCAUUUGCUGUGAAUAAUUACAGCAGACGCUCUUCAAGCCGGUAAAUAAAAUAUGAUUCUUUAAUUGUGCAGCGUGACGUUCUGUAAGGUGUGUACGGAAGUUUUGAUUGGCAAGCUACUUCGAACACGAAAGUUCCAAAACAAAAAAAAUAUACAAACGAACAAGUAUUUCUAUACCAGUAUGUAGAAGAGUCAAAACUAUUUAUAAUACAUGAGAAGACGUAUCCUUUUAUAACGAAUUGUGUAGUAAUAUGAUGUAAUCAAUGAAUAGCUGCGUACUGUAGAAGCUUUUAGCAUUCGAAAUGAAAAAAUAUUGAUGCCAGAGUGAAUAUACGUUUAUCAUGGGUGUGUAUUGUGUACACGUAAAAGCUUACGAGACUCUUAUUUCCAUGACGAAAGUCAUCUCUCUAUUAAAUUUUUGAAUCGUUUGUUUGCCUUAUUUCAUAGAUUUUUUUAUGUCGAUAUCAUUCGAUGUAUCAUCGAUAGAUAUCGACAAGUGUAAAGAUCUGAUGUGAAUUUUAGUUCUUAGCAAUCUGGCACAAAAUUUAAUUUUUUUUUAGUUUUAUAAAUUGAAAAACGAGAGUAUAGUUAUAUAUAUAUAUAUAUUACUUUCAACAUUUUAGAAAAAUAAUUUUUUAUCAAAAACGAAACCUAUUCUUCAAUAGGGUUUCGAUUUUAAAGAUAACAACAUAAUGUUAACACCAAAAGCGCGAUGCAAUAUAUUCUGCCAAGUAUAGUAGGUAGAAUCCGCGACUCCUUGCCAUAAGAGACUAACCCUCCUUAGAUUAACGUAGACUUUUUUUGAGUUGCCAAGACUGCUGGACUUGUACAUAUUACCUUAUUUUUAUCCUCUUCAAAGUAUAUAUAGUUUUUAAUAACGCGCAUAAGCACACGACACGUAUGAAAAAUCAAGUAAUAUUCUAGUCCAAUGCGUGCUACUGUAUAAUUAUUUUCUGUUCAUGAUUAUGGGAAAAAAACGAAGAAAUGACAAGUUUGAAAAUCUUUCCGCUUGAUAUAGUAAACUAAGGGAAAGAAGGAAAAGCGUCUGACAAUACAUUGAGAUGCAGUUAUGUCGACGAAAAAAAUAUAUAAGAACAAACACAAAUAAUUUGAGACAUUUCAUGGUGUCUAACAUUCAUGUAUGGGUGCAAAAAAAAAACACUUGUUAUAUGCGAUAACAAUAGCGCGAGCGUAAAAUGAUUUUAUGCGUUCGAGAGAAAAACAGAUGUAUGUAUGUUUCGAUGAAGGAAUUUCUUCGAAAAAUAAAUCUGAUUUACUCUGAUAAGGGUCUCUUUUCUUGCGAAGAAUAAUUACGUACUUACGCGUUCUGAUAAAGGAAAAAAUCUGCCUUUAUCGAUGAAUAGAUCAGAUAAAUAUCGUAAUAAACUAAUGUUAAUUAGGUAUUGAAAAAUUGAAAAUUAUGCUUACGUAAUUGCAUAUCGUAUUCGAAUAUUAGGAAAUUCUUUCAUUGGGAAUAUGUCUCCCAUUUUAUAUUUCUUUGUUAUGCCCCGGCAUUGUCCUUAUCCGAGUGUUCGUUGUGACCGGCAUUUCGAAGCGAUCAAAUUACGUAGAAACGGGAUUGGUUUUGUUGAUCAUCCAAAGAUGUAUUAUCUACAAGAGGCGAAAAAGUAGAGCUUGUUAUGGUUUUUUACGAUAUUUAUACGCAUUCGUUUUAUUGAAUUCUCCUCGGCCGGAGGACAGAUUAUGAGAGAUUCUCGAUGUGCGAUCAUACAUAUUUAUACCAGUGCAUUUGAUAUUUUCAAUUGUUAUAUUUAUUGAUUACUAUAUAUCAUAGGUUUAUCGUUGUUUGAGCGUUUUAAGACGCAGAAAAAUUAUUUGUAAUCUAAUCGAGAUGAAUUUUUUUUUUGCUUUCCAUUGAUAUGCGUGAGAGAAAUGCAUUGCGAAGAAAGGAAACGAUAUUGCGUCUUGCGAAAAGAAAAAUUUACGCCAAACGCGCCAGAUUUGACGGAUACUUACAUGCUCGCGUUUGAAUAUUCAACUAUAGAUUUGUAAACACAUUUUACGUAACUAUUAUUUGUAUACGUAUAUAUAUAUAUAUAUAUAUAUAUAUAUAUAUGUUUUAGUUAUGCAAAAUAUGUAUGUAUGUAUACAUAUGUUUUGUUAGUUGUGCAUGAUUAGAUAAAUUGACAAGGACACUUCUGAGAUGAAAAUGGAAGGAUGUGUUCCGUAACGGGGAGGGAAUCAUAUAUCCGUCGCAAUUUUGCCUUUUUCCAAGCUCGUUCAGGUGCGCUUUCUUCUCCGUCUCUGAUUAUCAGUUACCCGACUAAUAGAAGUGUGUAUUUUUCAUGGGCUAAAUGAUUUCAGAAGAGUAAAAGAAAAUAAUGUUAUGAACGUGAACAAAAAAUGAUGAUAUAUCUUUCGGUCUGUGAAAUCAGUGUUACAGCAGCCUUAAACUUUCAAAUAUCACACUACGUCAAUGUACAACGCAUACCUCGACUAUUUAUCUUAAUAAACGUUACGUAACCCAUAAUCACCAGAAUACUUUAUUGCACCCACUAGUAUAAUCGACAAUCAUAUGCAUUGUAGUAGGUCUUGGUAGAUUAUACAAAGGAAGCAAUGAAAAGACAAUUUGUAUAGAGUGUAUAAAUAUGUAGACAAUUUAACAUCGAAAUAAAAAUUAAUAAAGCUCUUAUUAUAUAA